AGUAUUUCUUCCGGGUUGAGGGAGGGAUGAGCAGUGAUGCUGCCUCUGUUGGCUCUGCACAUCACUUCUCUCUCUCUCUCUCUCUCUCUCUCUCUCUCUCUCUCUCUCUCUCUCUCUCUCCCUCUCUCCCUCCCUCCCUCUCGCUCUCUCUCUCUCUCUCCCUCCCUCCCUCCCUCCCUCUCUCUCUCUCUCUCUCUCUCUUUCAGUCACACAGAGCCAGGCCAGGCAGGCAGAGGCAGCGCGUCCGCUCGGGGAGACAGACGUAUAACACCGCAUAGAGUGUUCUGCCGACUGAACCGCAGCCUCGUAAUUUUAACGCUCUUCUAAAAUGGAUGUUUCCGCUGAUACCACGCUUUGACACUGGACUGUCGCUGUGACCGUGGGUAGAAACGUUUCCUCCGGGUAACUGUUUCGCCUCGACGACAUCAGAGAGGACCACACUCCCCCCCCCCCCCAUCGUUAGCUCGCUAAGCUAGCUAGCCGCGCUAACUUAGCCGUGAUACUUUGAACCGGAUCGGCGUAGACCUGCUUUCUGCCUCGAAGCCAGCCUGCGGUCUCCUGCGCCACAGCGGUGGAUUGAGGUGCCCCGUUACUCAAGGAGCAUGUUUGAGUGACGAGACAGGGAGGAAGUGGGAUCUCUGACGCUCCGCCCCCCAGCUGGUGGAGCAACCUGCACAUCUGACCAGAGACCCCUUAGUCACCUGAACAGGAUGAGGAGGUUCGCCUACUGUAAGGUGGUUUUAGCCACCUCUCUGGUGUGGGUGAUGCUGGACAUGUUCAUCCUGCUCUACUUCAGUGAGUGCAACAAGUGUGACGAUAAGAAGGAGAGAGGACUGCCUGGGAGAGACGAUGCCCUGGCCAGGCCGCGGGACGGGCCCGGCGAGGGGGGGAAGCCUGUGGUGAUCCCUAAGGAGAACCAAGAGAAGAUGAAGGAGAUGUUUAAGAUCAACCAGUUCAACCUCAUGGCCUCUGAGAUGAUUGCUCUCAACCGGUCGCUGCCUGAUGUCCGGCUGGAAGGGUGCAAGAAUAAGUUAUACCCAGAUAACCUCCCUCGUACCAGCGUGGUGAUUGUAUUUCACAACGAGGCAUGGAGCACGCUGCUGAGAACUGUCCACUCCGUCAUCGACCGCUCCCCACACACACUGCUGGAGGAGAUUGUUCUGGUGGAUGAUGCUAGUGAAAGAGACUUCCUGAAGCGGCCGUUGGAGCAGUAUGUCAGACGGCUGGAGGUUCCUGUCAGAGUAGUCAGGAUGGACCAGCGCUCUGGACUUAUCCGUGCUCGCCUUAAGGGAGCGUCCAUCUCCACAGGCCAGGUCAUCACCUUCCUGGAUGCUCAUUGUGAAUGCACAACAGGGUGGCUGGAGCCUCUGCUGGCCCGCAUAAAGCAAGACAAGAGAACGGUGGUGUGCCCCAUUAUCGAUGUGAUCAGCGAUGACACAUUUGAGUACAUGGCAGGAUCCGACAUGACAUACGGGGGCUUCAACUGGAAGCUCAACUUUCGCUGGUAUCCUGUACCGCAGAGAGAGAUGGACCGCCGCAAAGGAGACCGCACGCUUCCUGUCAGGACUCCCACUAUGGCAGGUGGCUUGUUCUCCAUAGACCGAGAUUAUUUCCAGGAGAUCGGCACGUAUGACGCAGGCAUGGACAUCUGGGGAGGAGAGAACCUGGAAAUCUCUUUCAGAAUCUGGCAGUGUGGCGGGACUCUAGAGAUCGUGACAUGCUCUCAUGUCGGCCACGUGUUCAGAAAGGCAACGCCCUACACGUUCCCUGGAGGAACGGGACAGAUCAUAAACAAAAACAACCGGCGCCUGGCAGAAGUCUGGAUGGAUGAAUUUAAAAACUUCUUCUAUAUCAUCUCUCCUGGUGUGACCAAAGUGGACUAUGGUGACAUCACGUCUCGUUCAGCUCUGAGACAAAAGCUUCAAUGUAAACCCUUCAGCUGGUACUUAGAGAACGUCUAUCCUGACUCCCAGAUCCCCAGGCACUAUUACUCCCUUGGAGAGAUCCGUAACGUGGAGACAAACCAGUGCCUGGACAACAUGGCCCGCAAGGAGAAUGAAAAAGUCGGCAUUUUCAACUGCCACGGCAUGGGCGGCAACCAGGUAUUUUCUUACACGGCAAAUAAAGAGAUCAGAACAGACGACUUGUGUCUAGACGUGUCCAAGCUAAACGGACCCGUCAUGAUGCUCAAGUGCCAUCACCUCAAAGGCAACCAGCUCUGGGAGUACGACCCCGUGAAGCUGACCCUGAUCCACGUCAACAGUAACCAGUGUUUGGACAAGGCCAGCGAGGAGGACAGCCAGGUGCCCAGCGUCAAAGACUGCACACACACACGUUCCCAACAGUGGCUACUGCGCAAUGUCACACUACCAGAGGUCUUCUGACCACACUCUGCAAACUCCCAAACACACACACAAUCACACACACAGCAGCAGCCCAGAGCGAGCUAUCAGGGGAGCAGACCUUGUUUAUCAAAAAUGGGCACAAAGAAAACAAAGACUUCCCGUGAAGGGAUUCGGGACAAGAGGGGGACAGAUCGGACGGUACUACCUCUGCCCGAGAUCACAGGGAGGAGCUUGUUUGCCCCUCCUCUGAGCAACAAGAGAGCAAAGACUCCCUCGUGGAGACGAUGGCUGUUUGUUUUACGUUUGUAUUUGUUUGUUUUUUAAAGAGAGAUUUUAACCACACACGGCGGAGUGUGACGUCAUUCCUGUGGGUGAACGUGAGACUGACCGAUGGAGUCGAGGGUCUUCGCUCACAGCUUCCCUGGACAAAGCAGUCCACCCCUCAACUCAUCACUUAACGUUUACUGACUGCCUCUUAUGAGAGAGUGUGUGCACUUACAUGAGUGUAUGUGUGUGUGUGCGUGUGUGUGUGUGUGUGUGUGUGUGUGUGUAUUCUAAGAUGAAUGUAUGCCAAGAGAAGGGGGCUAAAUUCGUUGUUUUAUGUUGUUUUUUUUUUUAAUUUAAAUUUGUAAUGAAAAUGAACUCCGGUGAACUCAUACGAAGAAGGGUGCAUGUGUAAGUGAGUAUGCGUGUGUGUCUGAGGCCCUCCUACACUCUUGCAGCAGUGUGUGUCUCCCUCUGGUGUUACUCUUUGGUAUGUCAUCCCACAGACUGAAGCCUCCCCACCGAGGACUUUCCAAGAGACUGCACAUAAAAACUGAGAGGACGAAGAGCUGACGUCUGCCGUCAGCAGAGAAGUAGAGAUAGAGAAAUAUGAUGUUUGUGAUAUCUUGAGAUUUCUAUGUCUGUUUUUUUUUUAUGGUUUCGUGUUACGACAGUCCUGUGAGAGUGCCACAGAGCAGUAACAUUAGUGCGUCUGUCUGUCUCUGUUGAUGUUUAACAUAGAGCUAACACACAAACAGGAACUCUGCAUAUGUAACUGAUGCUCACUGCCUAAUAAUGUGUUCAACCAUAAGGAACUCAUGCACACACCACCUGUGAACAUAUAGGAAACAGGCUGCACCAGUCUGAUACUUUAAUCCAUUUUGUCAUAUCUUCUUCUCUAUGACCUCUUCAAGACACUCCAAGGGCUUUUUUUUCCUCCAGUGGAGUGUGUGUUUGUGUGUAAGAAAGUGUGUGUGAGAGAGUGUGUGUGUGUGUUUCAGUUAAUCCUAGUCCACCGGCUCCCUGUUUACCAGGACAAACAGCUCUCUGAUCCCUUCGCUGUUGGACACCCAGACUCUGUGGCUUAAAACCGACGGCAGAUCCGUCACAUAAAAGAGCAAAAUGCUGCUUUUCUUGUCUCUGUGCUCUCCUGAGGACGCUUCUAUAAUAGGAAAGGAAGCCGGGGGGAAGCAGUUGUUAGAAUAUCAAAGAGACCUGUCCGAGGUGUGUUAGGAGACUUAAUCAGGGACGGAAUAAUAAAUGUAGAGCGAGCCGAGGGGAGGGAAGGGUUGAACUGUAGGUAACAAAGAGCACAGCAGCAGACAUAUCUGAAAUCAUGACUGUAUAUCUCAUCCUGAAAAGCCCACCUGCAGUAUUUCUCUUUCAUAUCUCAGACAGCUGAGCAGGAGCAUCAGCGUGUUCCUUUUUUUUUCCAACCAUCAUGCUUUCUUUUCUCUUCUUCUCUAUCACUGCUGCUGCUAGUCAGAGCAGAAGAGGGGGUUUCAUGAACCUUUUCUACCAUUUCAGCUUCCUCCAGUGGAGGAGGGGUUUACAUAGGACGAGUCCCCGCUUCAUCUUUGUCAUGGACGUGAAAGAGAGACGAGGCCAUUGACUGAUUCCAUGUCUGAGCGAGUGACUGUGUGCAGAAGAUGUGAACGUUUUUUUUUGUUUGUUUUGUUGAUUGUGAGACAGGGAGUGAAUUCGAUUGUUCUGAUAUUCGGGGGUUUAUUUUGGGUUUUAAGUAAACUGACGUGUCCAGGCUUCCACACUGAGCUGAUCCAAAUGUAGAAAAUAAAAAUGAAAAAGUUUACAGAACAAUGCGAGAGAAA